AUGUCUAGUCUUUUAACACAAGUUGUUCGACGUCAAGCAUUGAUGAUGAUACCUCGUCGUCAAGAAAGUGCACUUUAUAUCACUGGUCCACCCAUGAAUAAAAUAACAAAAGCAGAAAAAUUAAUUGCAUUAGGUCUUUUUCUUACUGUACCUAUGUUGUAUCCAAUUUAUAUUAUGUCAAAUUUACAAAAAUAUAAUGGUUCAAAUCGAACAUUUGCAAAGAAUAAAAAAUCAAAUUCAAAGACAAAACAAGCAAUCAAAAAUACUGAACAUUAA